AUGAGCUGUUCCAAUGGGCUCUCCCAGGUGGCCAGCACGUUGCUGACGGCGGCGUGGGUGUGUGCCCAGCUUCCCCAGAUCUACAACAACUACCGGCGCCAGCUGACGCUGGGGUUGUCGGCGGGGUUUUUGGCGCUUUGGUUCCUCGGCGACGUGUUGUCGUUGACGCUGUGCGUGUUUAACCUGGCCACCCUCCGCUUCCAGUUGUGGUUGGCGGCGUACUUUGUCGCCAAUGACAUCUGUUUAGCGUGGCAGUAUUGGUAUUACGGCAAUCGGCCCGGGCCCGGGGUGUAUGCCGUGGCCCGGUCCCCGCGGAACUCGUCGCUGAGUACCGAUACGCUGAGGUCAGCGGUGGUGGCGUCGGUGGUCGCCUCGGCGGCUCGAGUGGGGGCGAUGCCAUUGGCCAAUGCUAAUUCUCCAGUUGACUCCCAUUCGGACACUAUUGGCGUGACGUUGGCGUGGAUGUGUACGGUGGUGUACAUGCUGCUGCGGGCUCCUCAGCUCUACCAUAACUGGCGACGGAAGCUGGUCGAGGGGCUUUCGCCGGUGUUGUUCACGGCGGCGUUGCUAGGCAACGUGUUCUACACCGUGAGCAUCUUGACCGAUUGCCAGUUCCGCCAACCGGGACCACGCCGCUGGCAGUUUUUCGUCAAGGAACUACCGUACAUCUUGGGGAGUUCGGGGACGGUGGUGUUUGACGCUGGCUACUUUUACCAACGAUGGAUAUACCGCAAAGUCGACGAUACGGUAAUCAUGGAUGAUUUAUGA